CCCGGGGGCGGGGCGGCCCCUCUCCCCGGGCCGGCCCGUUCUCAUUUCCCCAGCGCUCCCCGCCCGCGGGUGCCGGCUCGGCGCGGCCAUGAAGCCGCGGCAGCCCGAGGUGUCCAUCCCGCUGCAGCCCCCCGGGCGCGGCGCGACCCCCGCCGCCGCCGGCCCCGACGGGCAGCCCCGGGACUAUGUGCUCUGGUCCCUCUUCAACGUCCUGCUGGGCUACGGGCUCGCCUACCUGGGCUGCCUCUGCUUCCCCGCGCUCAUCUUCUCCAUCAAGGCCCGUGACUGCAAGGUGCUGGGGGACUUGGAGGGUGCCCGGCGGCAUGGCACCCGUGCCAAGGUGUUGAACAUCAUCUGCUCCCUCCUGAUGGUCGUCACCGUGGUGGUGCUCAUCACCGCCAUCACCAUCUUCCUCACGACCCCCACCACCUGACUGCCGCAUGGCCACCGACCUGCUUGCUACCACCCCGGGGGUUGCUUCUUCCUCCCCGCCACCCCCUCCUCCUCCCAAAAUGUCCCCGUUUUGGGCGCAGGGGGAACGAGGGCGAAGCCCUGUCCCUUCGCUGCCCACAGCCCUGGGUGUCCCAGCACAGCCACUGCAUGGCAGGGGGUGGGGGGGCACGUUGGGACGCGGGGGUAGCCCUGCUCUUUCCUCUGCUCGUGUGCCUCAGCAGGGAGCUGCUGGGCUGCUGGGAGCUGUGAUACGCGGAUAGGUCACCGUGCCACAAAUAAAGCUUGUCCUGCCAAA